AUUUUUUUUUUUUUUGGUGAGAAACGAGAAUUCAGUUAGUGAUAAAAGCAGUUAUUUUAAAAUGUUAAAUAAAGCUGACAUUUAGUACUAAGCUUUAUUUUGAUUUUAAACACAAAAUGCAAUUUAAUUACGUGAUUAUUCUAAAGUUUUUGCUGCUUUUUGGAUCUGCUACAGCGCAGAUUAAAGGCAUUACAAGUGAUUAUCUGAAGGAAAUUGGUGAGUCGAAUGGUCCAUGCGAUGCUUAUUGUUUCAAAAUGCUGAAGCCUAUGCUCCCAACCAUAGAGGAAACAAAGAUCCAACUUAACUUCUAUGAAGAUUUCAUUCGAUCUAAAAAAUGAACAGAUUCUAGCAUUGAAAAGGAAACUAGCGAAUUUUCAAACUAAUGCGAUUUUGUACAAUGAGAGAAUCAAACAAAAGGAUGAGCUGAUUAUGCUCCUCCAGCAAAGAACUUGUUCUGAUAACAACAGCAACAAGAAAAGCGGAAAACGAGCUGGUUUGCUUGAGGCCAAAAAGAAUGAGACCAUUGAGGUUUCCAAAGAAUCGAACUUUAACAGUUCGAACCAAAUGGAAGCUGAUUCGAUUGGCAAUGAAACUAGAGAUGUUUUCACAUUCCAAGCCUCCAACUUCAGUUAUGCUAACCAGACAGAUGAUUUUCAGAUUGAAGAGUUGCCUCUAACUUGUCUUGGCUACGAGAAUUCAUCGGAUAUUAACGAGAUAAUGGUGCCCAAUGUGGGUAGACUUCGAGUGCUGUGUAAUGAAAGUGGUUGGGCAGUGAUUCUGAAUCGUUUCGAUGGUAGUGAAAAUUUUUAUAGGAACUGGUUUGAUUAUCGCAAAGGUUUUGGUAAUCUGCAGCGAGAGUUGUUCAUAGGAUUGGAGGUAUUGUAUCAGAUGACAACAUAUCAACGCUAUGAAUUGCAUAUUGAGCUUACGGAUUUCCAAAAUAAUGUUCGCAAAGCCAACUACAACAAUUUUAUCAUUGGCAGCGAAGAGGAGGCUUAUAAGUUAAAGGAUCUAGGAUCUUAUGAGGGAGAUCUUGGAGAUGCUCUGCCCUACAAUAUUGGGCAGAAAUUCACAACUUUCGAUUCGGAUAACGAUAAAUGGCUUGAAGGAAAUUGCGCCAUUUACUAUUCAAGUGGCGGAUGGUACGAUCGAUGUGCUAAUAGCAAUCUAUUUGGCAAAUUCUUUCACUCUGAGGUAGAGAAUAAGCAAGGCAUCUGGUGGUACAGAUGGAAGGGAUACAAGACUUUGCGAGCUGUCAAAAUGAUGAUCCGUCCGAGGGAUUGAUCUUUAUAAAAUGUCAGUAUUUGUGUGUCGCGAGUUUAGAACCACAAAGUUAAUAAAUUGCGGAAAAUGUUUGCUGUGAA